AUGAGCGGAUUGCUGGACGAGGGGGGUCGCAAGGACGAGGUGGAGGCUUCCCUGCAAAAGCUCAGGGACCUGGAGGGUGAGGGCAAAGAGGGUGGAGAAGAGGUCCUUUCGGCGGCGCUGCAGGCUUUGGAGUCGCUGGAGGCGGCGACGCUCCGCAGCAGCACGUGCCAGCGCCGCUUCUUUCAGCUCGACGGUCCCCAGGUGCUGCUGGCCAGCAUGGGUACACACCUUCAAAGCAUGAGGCUCCAACUUGUGGGUUGCCGCAUACUGCAGCACCUGGCCUCCCUGGUGUCCUUGGAUGCAGCAGAACUCUUGGGUGAUGCUGGAGCCUGCGAGCAAAUUCAACGCAGUUUGGAGGCGCAUCCCAACACGGCGGCACUGCACCAGGCGGCUUUGCAGGCUUUGGAGCUUGUUGCCUUCACUGGCACCGAGGCUCGCCUCAAGGCUCUUCGCUGUGGUUUGCCGGAGGCCGUUGUCGCUUCGCUGAAGCGCUUCCGAAGUGAUGCCCACGUUCAGCAAGCCUGCCUUGCGGCCUUGCAGGCGCUGCUGGAAGAUUCCACCGUAGGGUCGACCACGAUGGACGCGGAACCGCCCAGUUGUCAGGAAACCGUCGCCAAGUUGGGCGGCAUCGCAGCCAUUGUGGGGGCGCUCGCCGACCACCGGGAAGAUGCGCAGCUCCAGUACUGGGGCCAAGUUGUUCUGACAGCAUUAUGUCAAGACAACGUCACGCUGCGUGCUGAAGCACAGCAGAAGUGCCACUGGCAACGCAUUGAGCACCCUGGCUGCACCCCAGCCUGA